UAAAUAAUUUAUUUUGUGAUUAUCGAUUAGUACUCCAUUUUCUUUAGAAUGAUUGUACUCAAGAAGAUAUUUUUUUUGCACUAAAAAUUUACAUUGUAUAUUAUUUAAAUAUAAAUCAAACCUGAAAAUAUCCAAUCUAAAAUGUUCGAGACAAAGUUGCGAACAUGUUAAUCCCAAGAACAAAUCAGGACUAAAAUACAUUAUGGCAUCAAAUAAGGAAGGAAGUGAAUCCUCAAGAAAAAUACAAAAACUAAAUUUAGUAUCAAGUCCUCAUCGUAAGUGGCAUUUCGAUGACGAAACCCCAGUAUUAGAGGAACAAAUCAUUUACGCAAACGGUUAUGCAUCAUUGAUAUUCAAAUCUCCACCUCCAACACCUCGAAACUUACUUAGAAGAAUAGGUACAAAACAACUUUCUGGAGUGGGAAAAAUAAAAGUAAUGCUUAGAAUUUCAUCUGGAGAUGGUAGCUGCUUUUUUAGUGUAGAUAAGCGAAAAAAACAGUUAACAUUAAUCGAUCCUAAUCCUGAUCAUUCGUCAAUGACAGAAGAACAUAGACAAAUCAUUGCAGCACCAAAAAUGUUUACUUUUGAUGCUAUAUUUACUGGAGAAGACUCACAGACAGAACUAUGCUCGAGUGCUCUUACCGAUAUUAUCCACGCUGUGAUCAACGGAGUGGACGGUUGUUUAUUCUGCUUUGGACAGGCUGGCCUUGGAAAAACAUAUACAAUGCUUGGUACUGCUGAGGCAGGCCAUACACUCGGUGUGAUACCUUGUGCAAUAACUUGGCUAUUUCGAGGCAUUAAUGAACAACAACAAAAAACAGGUGCAAGAUAUAGUGUGAGAGUGAGCUGUUUAGAAUUAACAACAGACCAAGAACAUUUUAAGGAUCUCCUUAUUACUCAUACCAAUGAAUCUGAACGAUCUUCCUUAACUUAUAUAAAAGACAAUCCUCUUUAUGGCACUUUUCGAUUACAACAACCUAGCGAGCUAAGAGUACCGAAUGCAGAACGAGCUGCUUUUUAUCUUGAUGUAGCCGCAGCAGCUCGUAAACGAGAAGAUGGCAAUGCACAUAUGUUGUAUACACUCCAUGUACAUCAAUAUAAUGUUGCUGGAAAGGGUGGAGUAUUGGGUGGUCGUAGUAAACUACACCUAAUUGACAUUGGGAAUUCGGAACAUAGUAAAUCUUCCGGUGGUAUACCACUUUCUGGCUUAGGCAAUGUACUUCUUGCUAUUUUCAAUGGAUAUAAACAUCUACCGUACAGACAUCAUAAGCUUACUCAAUUACUGAAGAAAUGCUUAGGUUCACUCACAUGUUAUGCUACGAUGAUUGCCCAUAUUUCUCCCAGCAGUCGUUGGUAUAACGAUACAUUGACAACUUGCCAAUUUGCUUCACGUAUUCAUCAUAUGCGUCACAGAAAGUUCCAUUUUGUGAAUGACAAUGUACAUAAUACUGGAAGCAGUGACAGUUCUAAUGAAGAAGUGGAUAGGAGAAAUACUGAGUAUGAUCCAAGUUCAAGUGAUGUUUCAGCUGAUACUGUUAUCUAUGUUGGUCCAAGUGUUGAUGAUACUACAGAUGGUGAACACCCACCGGUUUACAUAGCUAAUCUUAAUUCUGAUAAUAAUAGGUUCAUCGUAGGAAAAGCAUUACGAGGUUCACUGAUAGAACAAAGCAAAACUUUCGAAGAACGAAACCCACUAUACAAAGUAACAAAACUAGUAAAAGUUUUAUCUGAAGCAACUCCAAAACAAAUAUCACCAAUACAAAAUACAAUCUCAAAACCUAGCCCAGCUCAUAAAAUCGCUUUAAAGAUACCAACAUCUAAAAUAACAGAUUUUUCAAUGAACAAAUUUUCUUCAUUAGCAUCUAAUAGUGUUUCCGACGAACAAUGGAUUGAUGGCCCAAGAAUUUCUAAAUCAAAGGUUGCAGAGGCUCGGCAUAUGUUAAAAGGAACAACUCAUAGAACGGAAACAUGGAUAGAUGGGCCUAUGCACCUAAUAACAAGUGAUCAGUCACAUCUUUUAUAUGCACAACAUUCAAACAGUUAUGGUUUUAUGGAUAGUUAUAAAAAAAGUAUGAUUAGAAAAUGGGUGGAGAAUCAAUCGUCUCAAAUUCAACGAGGUAAACAUAGUUUAUCUUAUGUACAGCAACCAACAAAUAUUAAGGUGACUACUGGUUUAGUGCACUUUAAAGAUUUAACAACGAUCAAUUAUAAUAAUAGCAUUGAAGACGAUAAUGAGAAUACAUCUUUAUCCACGGUUGGGAAUAAUAGAUUAAAAAUAAAUGAACUUGAGGACAUAAAUGAGAAAGUUGAAGCAAAAUUAAAUUUUCUUAAUAUCGAAUCAAAUACGAACUCAUGCUUAAAAUUAAAAUGUAGUUCAUUUACAGAUAAUAUAGAAGAGCUGCAUAAAACUUUAGAUACGUUAGAAGACGAUGAUGAUGAUGAGGAAAUUGUUGUACCACCGCCAUUACCACUAAUUGAACCAUUCGAACGAGGAAUUAGUCAAGAUAUCUCAAUAGAAAAUUUAAAUACAUCUCAUAAAAAUAUCAUAUAUUUACAAUCAUCUAGCAAAUCAUUAUCCUCGAAAAAUGAAAUUCUUGAAAUCAUUGAAUUAAAAAAUGGAGAGUCAGUAUCAAUGCAAGACUCUUGUCUACAGGUAACGGAAGCAGAUAUACCACUUUGUAUGGAGGAUCAUCCAAUCUUUGAUAAUACCAAUGAUGUGCAUCCUUUAAGAAUUCUUAGUCCGGAAAAUCUGACUGUUUUAUCAACUUUGGCUGAUUCAAUAUCAAUUCUAUCAGAAUCGUCUCCUGUCAGCAUAGGAAUGUUUCCGCAAAUUCAGAUUGAUCACGACACCUUUUAUGAACAAGAAAACCGAUAUAAGUUUGAUCAGUUAGCUCGGCUUCAUAAACUUUAUCAAAGUAAACUUGCUCUUGCAAAUGUUACUAAUUCUUUAACUUAUCAAAGAGAAAAUUCUUCUUUUACCAACAUUCGAGAAUCUGAUGCAUCAUUCUCGGCUGCAGCCUUGCAUCCAUCUUCUUGCUGCGACUCUAUAUCAGUUUCAGAUGUUCCAUUUAAUGAUAUUAUUAACAAUCAUGCCAGUACAUACAAUGAACCAAUUUAUAUAAGUGAAAUGAAUGAGUCAGAUAAAAUCUGUGAUAAUUGUCGACAAAGCAUGAUGAAAUUCUCUACUGCUUCCUCAUGGUAUCCUAGUAUUGCUCAUUUUGUCAUUUGUAGUUAAUAUUGUAAUUAUUUUCAUCAAUGCAAUAUCUCUAGCCUUAGACAACCAGACGAUGUCCCCAACCACAAUCUUAAAGAAGAACAAGUACCCGGUAAUGGAGCCACUAUAUCGGAUUCUGAAGAAUAUAUUGAAGUCAAAUUAUUACCUACUUCUUUUGUUACUAAUACUAAUAGUUUAUUUCCUAAAAAAUCUAAUGAAAGGAUGAUUAUCGAAAAAUCAGACAUCGAGGAAAAAAUAAAACUUCCUAGUUUUACAAUUCCAACUCAACAUCCUAUAAUUAACCCAUCUUCGCUUCCCAUAUUUAAUAGAAUAAAAGAAAAACAUUGUAAUAUUGGGUCUUCUUUGAGAGAAAGCAAGGAUGAUUAUGAUUCAGGCACAGAUUUGACUUCUGGCGCUGUUAAACAUUCAUCUGUUACUCUUUCCAGAUACCGAACCGAAAGUUCUGGAUACGAUAGUAUUCUUAGAGAUAGUGAAACAAGUAGUAUAGCAAGUGAUUCUUCAAGAGAAACCAUUGCUAUCCAAGAAAAUCACAGUGGUGCACUAGGCGUUUUAACAUCAACCUUAUGUGGGUGUUUUAAUGGUGGGACAACUGAACGAGUACGGACGUCAGCUUCUAAUCAAAAUUCACAUAAUCAUAUUCAAGCGCAGUAUCACAAACGUCAAGAUUUUAAAUAUAUACGGACAAAUACACAUAAUAUAGCUUGGCACAAUAUUCAGGAUUCACAAACUACAUCUGCUAUAACACCUUCUAAGUUCCAGUUAGACGGAUUAUGUCAUUCUUCAGUAACUACCCAAGCAAUAAGCCCUGUAGAAAGAAGAUUAGGAAAGACGUGUGCAAGAAAGAAGGAGAUUAAAGCAGAGAAAGAGGGAAAAUACUUAAAUGAUAAUGAGAGAGACUGAUAGAGGGAUCGAAGAGAGUCGUCAAGAAUGUUCUGAGGAGUCACUAUCCAACAGUCACGUAAAAACAACUCACACGAUGA